AUGAAAGUAAGGCGACUCAGCAGGAAGGCAUCAAAAAAAAAACGAUCUAAGUCAACGUUCGAUCUAAGUGGCUUGAGCAAAGUACUCAAGCGUACACCAUUAACAAGAAAAGGGUCACAUCAAUGUCAAGAUGGCUUACCACCUUGCCAUUCAUCAUCUCAAGAUGAUUCUUCCGUUGCUGUGCCUGCCAAAGGUCGUAUCGUACAUAUGGUAGGCGUAUUUCAGAGUACUCCUAGUACAUCAGUUUCAUAUUCCGAUGAAAGUAAUAAUGGAGCUAUCACCACUGUAGCUAAUAACAUGUCAGGACAUCUUGAUGAACCCAGAAUAUACCGUCAGUUUACCAAUUCAUCUGGCACAACGGAACAAGAAGAUUUUACAAGUGAAGAAUUAGAAGAAUUCGUACAAGCAUUCAAAAUGUUUGAUAAAGAUGGAAAUGGUACGAUGAAUAUCAAAGAAUUAGGUGUAGCUAUGCGUACACUUGGCUUGAAUCCGACUGAGGAAGAACUUUUAAAUAUUGUUAAUGAAUAUGAUGUAGAUGGCAACGGAAAAAUUGACUUUUUUGAAUUUUGCAAAAUGAUGAAAGAAAUGAAUAAGGAAACAGAUCAAGAAUUGAUACGAUUGGCUUUCAAAGUGUUUGAUAAAGAUGGUAAUGGAUAUAUUACUGCUCAAGAAUUCAAACAUUUUAUGACAACAAUGGGUGAAAAAUUUAGCGAAGAAGAAGUGGAUGAAAUAAUUAGGGAAGUAGAUAAAGAUGGCGAUGAGCAGAUUAAUUAUGAAGAAUUUGUUCAAAUGAUCGCUCCAAUUGUUGAUAGUGCCAAAGAUGAUCCAUUCGGUGAGCCACCAAAAAAAUAA